GCAGCUCGGUCUUAUCAAUCAUUAGCACAGUGAACUGUCAAUCACAAGGGUUUGCCCACUCCACGCGCUUUGAGGGAGGGAAUCAGCGAGCGCGCGCGAUUGUAUAAAAGCUGGAGAUCAGCUGUCAGACGCUGUGCUGAGAGUCACGGAGAGGCACUGGUACGAAAUAAUACAAAUAAAAUAAAAGGAAGAAAUGAUGUAAGUUGUAUAAUCGGUGAAUUACGCGUGCAAUGGAAGGUGCGAGGUUGCACAAGGCACCUGCGCUUUUCUCGGAAAGCAUGGGGGAGAUUUUGAACCUCAGCGGGUGGCUGACACCGAACAAGAGUGUAACACACCUGCACAAGUUCAGCACUCUGGAGGACAUCGACCUGAGCGCUGACGGAAAUCUUAUCCUGAGGAUCAUCAUUUCGUCGGUUUACGUGGCGGUGUGCGCCGUGGGUCUGGUCGGCAACCUGCUGGUGUUCUUCCUGAUGAAGACGAAGCUAGGGGAGAGUAGGAGGAAGAGAUCCGCGAUCAACUUUUUCGUCGUCAACUUAGCCGUGACCGACUUCCAGUUCGUGCUCACGCUGCCGUUCUGGGCUGCGGACGCGGCGCUGGAUUUCAGCUGGCCCUUCGGUAACGCCAUGUGCAAGAUCGUGCUGUCCGUCACCGUGAUGAACAUGUACGCCAGCGUGUUCUUCCUCACGGCCAUGAGCGUGAGUCGGUACUGGUCGGUGGCGUGCUGUGUGAGAAGCAGCGGCGCGCGGCGCAGGUUCACAUCGGUCAAGCGCGUGUGCGCGGCGCUCUGGGUUCUCGCGAGCAUCGCCACGGCGCCCACGGCCGCCUUCUCCACGGUGACAGUGGUCGCCGGUGAGAGGCUGUGCCUCCUCCGCUUUCCCGACGGCCACCACUGGCUCGCGCUCUAUCACCUCCAGAAAGUCGUGCUCGCCUUCAUCUUGCCCAUGAUCACGCUGUCCAUCUGCAACGCGCUACUUUUGCGCUUCGUGCGCCGCAGGAUCGGCGCGAACAGCAGCCGCCCGAAGAGACGAUCAAAAGUCACCAAAUCCGUGCUCGUCGUGGUCCUUUCGUUCUUCAUCUGCUGGAUGCCGAAUCACGCCAUCACGCUGUGGGGAGUGCUCGUGAAAUUUAACGCGGUGCGCUGGGACAAGACGUACUACAUGAUCCACACGUACGUGUUCCCGCUGACUGUUUGCCUCGCUCACGCGAACAGCUGUUUAAACCCGGUGUUGUAUUGCUUAAUGCGAAGAGAGUUCAGGAAGAUGCUGAGGAACCUGUUCUGGAGAGUUUCCUCGCCUGCUGGCACGAAAGCGCGCGGCUCCGGGGGUGCCGUGGACCGAGAAUCCGUUUAAAUGCGAUUUGAUUGGGAUUUGACUGUGUGAAAUAUCUUAUCAGCUCCAAAUACAGUUCUUCGUAUGAAUAACGCGCAUUUGGAGAGAUUAGAAAAGCUGAGUAGGUGGUGCGCAAAAGAGACCCGUGGGGAAGGUCAGUCUUCAACACGUAUGAGCUGAAUUUAAUUGAAGUCCAUUAAUAGUGAACUGAGCCGCUUAAAUACAUGCACCAGGCGUUUCAACACUCUUGACAUGUAAAUACAAGAAAAUAAAUA